AUGCCAGCCUCGGACGUCAGCGUCAACGCAGAGACUCGAUGGUGCCGACUGCGGGACGCCGUCACCUUGAUCAUCGUCGGUGUCCUCGGUAGCGCAUUUCGCCAUCUCCAGGACAGGUUCGACGAAAACGCUGCCAACCUCAGCAAUCUGCUCGCCAAAAAGAACAGACUACAUAGGGCCUACCUCGACUGUCCAACCGAUGCAAACAAGAUGGCCUUCUACGAAUGUCAUCGCCUUGGCAGCAGCGAUGGCGAGAAAUGUAGGACGCCUGGAUGACUCGCAAAACCGAGGAGAUCUAGGAAUACGCCGACAGCAACGAAUCAAAGGACUUCUUCCCUGCGAUCACGGCGAUAUACGAUACCGCAACGAAAGGAACCGCACCACUUCCCAGCUCCGAUAUCUAAACGCUUUUGACGGAGGAGUCGCAGAUUCUGGAACGCUCGGCCGAGCCCUUCAGAGGCGUCCUCGACCGCUCCUCUACAAUCUGUGACGCGGCCAUCGACCGGCUCCCCCUAGUGGACAUCAACUUCGACCCGGAUCUCCCACUCUUCUUUCCAAAAGCCAUUCCAGCGGGGAUGCUGCAGGCACAGAUGCGAUUCUAGAUGAAAUCAACAAACACGGCGGCUACUGACUGAUGGACCGACCCACGGCGCUAUUCCUGGAGAUAUGGCGACAAGUACAGGUUCCUCAGGAUUUCAAGGACGCAACCACUGUCCAUCCCUACAAGCGUGAAGGAACCAGCGACUCUGUAAUAACCACGGACGCAUCUCGUAAUUCAACAUCUCUGGAAGGAUCUUCGUUCGCCUACUCCUCCAUCGUCUCAACGGCUACCUCAAGCGAGGACCACUGCCGAAAAGCCAAUGUGGUUUCCGAAAACGGCGCGAGGCCAUCGAAAUGGUAUUUGCUACUCGUCAGCUACAAAGCAAAUGGGAGGAGAUGCGAACCCACCUCUACAGUACCUCCGUGGACUUGAUGAAAACCAUUGAGUGGGUAAACAGCGGGCUAUUGUGGAAAAUCUUACAGAAAUUCGUCCGUUCUGAGAGAUUCAUGCUCAUGGUACGUGUCAGCUCCACAGUUGUAUUCUAGCGCGCGUCCAGGACGACGAUGCAAUCUCCGAGGCAAUUGCAGUGAGCAACGGAGCGAAGUGGGGCUGCUUACUUGCUCCCGCCCUCUCCAACCUCAUGUUCCCUAUUAUACUGAUGGAAGCCUAACGUGAUAAGCGCUCUGGGAUACGCAUCGUUUACAGAACCGACAGGCAUCUUCUGCACAGCGGGCGCAUGUGAGCCGUAACGCGACUAUCUACGACCACGGUCCACGAUCUGCUCUUCGCCGACGUCUGCGCGCUCGACACCAUGACCAAAGUGGACAUGCAGCGGAACAUGGAACUCUUCGGACGGGCGUGCCAAAUUCGGCGUAGCACCGGGUAAGGACAAAACGAUGGUCGUGCACCAACUGUCAACCAACGCGCAACACAGCACCCCUCUUCGAAUCACUGUCAACGGCAAGUGACUCCAAGCCGUGGACAUCUUUGCCUACCUGUAAGCACAUUCUCGCGCAACACAAACAUCAAUGAUGAGGUUGCUCGUCGCUUCUCCAAAGUCAACCAGGCCAUCGACUGGCUGCAAGCCUCUGUGUGGAAUCGUCACAGCGUUAAACUGAACACCAAACUCAGGAUGUACAAGACCGUUGUCUUGACGACAUUCUUUUAUGGAACGAAGAUCUAGAGCGUCUACGUAAGCCAUACCAGGAAGCUCAACAACGUCCAUCUCAAGUGCAUUCAAAGAAUGCGGAAAUUGAAAAGGCAAGACAGGAUCCCGGAUACGGAAGUUCUGGAACGGACCGGAAUCCUCAACAUCCACGCCAUGCUUAGGCAACUGAGGCGGCGAUGGAGCGGCCAUCUGGUGAGAAUGUACGACGCUCGCCUACCAAGACAACUAUUCUACGAAGAUGUCACAACGGAUGCUAAGCGACGCUAAAAAGGCGCUUCGAGAAAUUCGAUGAAGCGAUUGCAUAUAAGCCCAGAGACCUGGAUGGGUCUCGCUCAGAACAGACCAUCGCACGGAGGCUGGCGAAUCAGUGCCUGGAGCAUUAAAAUACAUCAGACGCACUCGACUCAUCUGCCAAGGCAUGUGCCUACUAGGCCAUACGCGCAUUCAUGAAAACCUGCGAUAGAUCACAGCCGGCCAUAUAAAGUCAUCACAUUUCUCUUCACGGGCAUUUGCAACGCCCACCAGCAUCACCCAUCGGCACACAACUCAACUGACAUGCAGUUGGUACCUCUCAGGUUAGUUAUGAGUGCGCUUCUCGUCACCUUCUCCAUGUGGCUUCCCUGCUGCAUGUGUGGCCCGAGCCUGAGACUAUCCCGGUUUGCCAAACGCCAUGGUUUGGAAGGUUGCCAAGUGACACCAACUCAGUUCGCGCAAUCUGUACAGUUAUGUGUGUUUGUGUGGAGUGGCGGACUGGUGGGUUUAGAGUCAUGCUGCAACGGCUCCUUCUUAACGUGACCUCUGGCACUCUAGCGUACAUGAGGAGUGUGUGUAUAGGGGCAGUAUGUCUCAGUCGGUGACUAACUGCUUACUCGACAUUUGAAGGGUGAUGAACCGGGCUAAAUGCAGGGCUGCGUCUCACCAUUCUGGGCGUUAAGGAUUGUGCACGGCUGCUAUACCAUGAUCAGCAAACCAUGGCCCUAGCCGCCUGAUGUGCGCUGGCAGUUCUCUAGCAUCUGGCGUCAUGGCGGUGAAUGCACUUGCGCUCACGUUGCCCAGUGAUUUGUGUCAUCCUCUCCUCUUUCUAACACAUUUUUGUUGAUUAGAGUCCUGGUCGGCUGUUUGUCGUGGAUGAGGCGGUGUGAUGACAAGCCUAGAUGCGGGUCCGGCCUUGCCAGUCAUCUGCUCCCUCUUCCCCCCUAGGGUCUUCUUGACUAAUUUUUGACACCAGGCCCAGGUGGGGUGGGGGGGGAGGAGGGAGUAUGGUCGAUUGAGCGCAAGACUGCUCUCAUCAUAGACUACUUCAGGCGUAAGUCACCGUGCCUACUCGCACCUUGCUGUGGAGCAUACGGUGAACAUCGUCGGGCGCGACGGUCGAAUUGUCACUGUGCAAGAUGGUGACGGUCAAUAAGGCAUGAGCGGCCCUCUCAGUCUUGUCUUUGUUGAUAUUCCUUCCUCUGUAUCAGUUCAAGAUCCAUCUUACGUAAUCUAUUGUGGAGAGGAGAAGGCGUUUAAGUCGCUACAAAUGGAUGCAGAUAUAAUUAUCUUUUCUGCUGUCAAAGAUAGUGCUACCACAGUUCUGGAUAAGAAAAAUUUAACAAGAUUUUGUCGAUUCCGACAGGCAAUUUAACCUACCAACCCUUUGCUACCACCUAGCCCAAAUCCCGAAAUUUAUCAAUCAAGGAAGUGGAAAACGCCAUACAGGGAGGAAUAUGAACCCCGCGUUCUACAGGAGCCCUUCCGAUAAAUUUCUAGGGAGGUAAGAAUUAGGGUUAAGGCUUGGGCCAGGGUUACUGUUUUGGCUAUGACAGGGAAAUAAUCACCAUUUCUGGAAUCUUCGAUAAGACCAUCCGUAUUACGGGGAUGUUUCCAUUCUCGCGUAUACUCACAACUGCUACCGGGGAACGCUUCAAAUUACUUUUACCAACGUGAACUCACAAGUACAAAAUCCCACAUUUCUUGACGGUUUUAGAGGUGGGCUUACGCGCGACCGACAGUUUUUCCAGUCGAUGCACCUUAGUACACAGAUUCCAAGUGGUUUCCCGCCAAAUAAACUCGUUUACGAGGAACCUAGAAACUACAUUGGAAGACCCAACACGGACCUUAGACAAAAUAAGGAUAGUCACAUUCAAGGCAGAUGAGAUAGCAACGUCUUUUGGCGUUUUUUCUCCGUAAACACUCAUUUUAUUUGAUUCAGCAACGUUAUACAAGAAACUGUCCCAAACUAAUAACUUAUAUUACUGUACACAUCCUGUUUGGACUAUCACUACGUUGUAGAGAAGCGAAUAUUUUCUUCGUCAAAGAAUGCUGUCAACAGUUUUAGUGCUCCCCAAUGAAUUCACUUAUAUCCAGUUUGCUUUAAUAAUCAACAAAAAGCAAUCGGUCUUCAUAUUUUAGACCGAAAAUGUGGCUUAGUUGUGGAGAUAACGCACUUUUAUUGUCGGGAUGGACAAGUUGAAAGGGCUGUACACAAGCUUAACCCUACUUUCCUUGGAAUCUAGUUGAUGCUCGAAACUUAAAUUCCUGCUGAUGCACUUAUACAGUGACCAAACACCUUAGUUUAUCACAAAAAUCACGUUCCGGUGUCAUUCUGCGGUAUGAGAGUAAACAUCUAGUGUCUCGCGAACAAGUUUCCGUCAGCAGUCUGCCAUGUCGAGCAGAAAGCAAUCGCCCUAGUGGCGAAACUUAUCGAACCAAAGUGGGACGACCUUUUGGCUUGUCUUCCAAUGAAGGUUGUCCACAUAAGUACGUACGUCAGUGUAUGAGCUGAUAUGCUUCCGGACGCAAAGAUACUCCGUAAAGAUAUGCCGCUACCGAGCAGGCAUCCAGAGCAUCUACUUGAUGGCCGCUUUCCCGAUAAAACGAAUAUGUAUAUGCACGUUUUGGAAGGCAAACUAAGAGAACGCCAGAGACUACUAAAGCAGAAACUAUCAACCGUCUUACGCGUCCUAAAGACAAUAUUAAAGACUUGAAUAAGAGGAAUGUAAUCCAUGAAAUGUCCUAUGGAGGCUUUGGUACAAAUACUGUGGUCGAAAGGGGAAUUUAGUUCCAACCUAAUAAUAUGAGAGGCUGCACGUAGUAAGGAUGUGGGAUUACUUAUCUCAAGUAGACAUGCAUGUGCUGGAUACGGGGUGCGCAUUUCGUUGCGGGGAAAACUGCACGGUUAAGUCAAAGACGGGUCAUGAGAUUUUCGAAAAAAAUGAAUCACCAGGUUUGUUUCUAACCUAUGCCUCAACUGGACCUUUACACGGGCCACAGCAUCUGCCUCGCCUCCGAUCCAACCAACUCCUGCCACCAUCAUCUCGUCCUCAAACCCACGCUUGCACUGGAUUCAAUUGCUCAUUUCAAUGUUGAAAACACUCUUCUCCACUUUAUUUGCUGUCUUCGGUGUAGCCGCUCAGGCUCUGCCACUCACGCAGCGCUAGGAAUCAUGUGGUCACGAUCCUUGAGCAGCCGAAACAUAAACACAUACAGCCUCUUAAUCAGCUAGUCGCGGGGGCCAACAAACUCGGCAAUCUCUCAAUCAACUGGCCAAGUUGACGCUAGCUGACACUCACAUGACUCUUAUUCAUUCACGCCUACCUCACGUUAGCGGACGGACGCUCUCAGGCUUAGAACUAGCCGUGCGGCAUGAGCUACGACCAUCACAAGGUUUCUGUACAGAAUACUCGACUUCUAUCGGUGUCUUUCUCUUCCAACACGGAAUUGGGUCGUAGUUAUUGUGGCGCUCAGAGUGCACUCACUACUCAGGCGCUACAUAUCGGUCUGAAUACCAAAUACUAAUUUCCUAAAGAAUAGGGAAGCGCACAGGCAAUGCCAAGCGGCGGAUCACUAAGACCGCCGCAUUACGGCGUCAACGUUAACCGGAUGGGUGAUCUUUUAGGAACUAUUUAGGAACAGUUAGGAACAGUUUACAGUUUGUUUCACACUUACUAUAUAUUUGUCGACAAAGUUCAAGCCGAUCUCGAAGAUAUGUAAAAUAAGCUAGCUUGUUUCCUCAAAAUGACUCAUGAAUAUUCCACACUAAUCUGAUCGAUAAACGGCCUGCCAAUGCUACGUAUCAGUUACAAUCCCAACCGAUAGGAUAACAGGCAAGUGACUUGAUGGUAAAUCGUGCAAUGAUUUACCGUACUAACAACACACGGUACGGUAAAUCAUUGCACAAUUCUAUACUACUGGCUGCCUGUUGGCGGUUUGUGAAUAUAAAGCGGUUAUUCAGCAGUAGCUGAUGGAUUUCAGCUCAAAUAUUCAUAUCAAAUUUCGGGCCGCGCCUGAAAAGGUCUGUUUCGAAAGAGUUAUUCCAAGUUCGCGCAUUAAUUUCCUGGGAAAUUAAACAAGGCAUAAUAGUAAAUCGUUUAAUUAAAUAACCAAUGGCCAAUUGCUUCAAGAUCGUAUCCCAGAUUAUCCUAACUUUGGGUGAAGGUAUGGCCGGUCGAGCAAGUGGCCAUCACAGCCUCCUUUUUAUUCAUCGGUAUGCAAUUUGCAUUAUAAGAUGCCGAUAAUUGACCGUUCUCGGGGCAUUAGGCUUGCGCUAUAGAUCAAAACAUAACAAGCCCUUUUUGUACUGUUACCCGAUUGAUUAGCAGUCCUCCCACGCCGUAUAUAUGUGGGUGUGGAAAAAUGGAGCCCCCAUCGUUCUGUCUGAAUCGUCUGGUGUGCAAUAAAAGUGCCUUUUAUGCUCUACACUAGGGGCCGAAUGGGUGGAGGCUGCGGGGUGCCGUGGGCGCGGAUCCACGUCGCAGUUGUACGGUCACUCCAGGUUCAUCGAAGCACUUCAAUGGAAGUUGCACGACUAUGCACUGGCGGAGCACCCUGCGUUUGGUGUAAUCUUUUGGAAGGCUGCCAACUGAAGGGAUAGGUCGGACCUCAUAGGAGUAUGUUGGACUGGCUGCGGGACUGAUAGACUGCAAUGUCUCUUUCGUAUUCUGGCCUUUAUGUAAUUCUCAGACAUGUAAGAUCCGAAACGACCUUACAGAGGCCUCGAGCACGCAAUGGGCACCACGUCAUAUGCGACAUGCCGAUGGCCCAUUUAUCUUUGUCAGGCACCGCCAUCGAGCUCACAUCCAGUCGUCAUAACAUUGUCUUCUUACCGGAGCUUGGUGGAUGCGGCAGGUGUUGCGAAAGUCUUCCCCACUGAACCCCAGUUCACGCCCACGCCAGCAUCCUGCGCCAAGCCCAUGAGACACAUGGCGCACAUCAAUGUUCGCGACGGUCGAAUUAUCAGUACACUGCGUCCAAGACGACUAAGUAGGCAAUUGCGCGUGCGGUUCAAGCUAAUGAAUCAGUGCUUUCUUAUCUCCAUGGGACAGCUAUUCUUUUUAGGUAGUCAUGAAUUUAGGAAGAGAAAAAUGUCGGCCAGGUAAUGAAGAUAUGGAAGGCGGAUAAAUCAAAGCACCGGAUAACCAAACGUAUGACCGAACUCGUAACCGUUUUUACACAGCCACUGGACAAAUGGAAAACAGCCUAAGAUUAUCAAUGGAUCCAGGUCAGCGGUUGCUCAGCGCUAACAGCGGCCCUAGUUCAUAAGAGGGUGUUGAGGGUCGUGUUGCAAUCGGGGCGCAUCCUCUUCCACUCUUAAACGUGCUUGCAGACUUCAGGCAUGUUUCUACAUCACCAGAAUUGUUUCAGACAAAUGUUUAAAGGCAAGGAGAGGGCUUAAAGUGCCGCGAGUCAAUGGAAAUCACUAAAACAGCCAACUUAAAUUGGGCAACGUAUAGUGUUAUCAACAAUGGACGACAGCUAGUUUGGUCGACGUGCAAAGGUCUCGACUGAGAUGAAAUGGCGAAUGUCUUCGAAUUUUGAGAUUAACAGACGUAGAAUUUUGCAUUGGAAUGGAUUUCUCGAAUGUUCAAACUGAUGAAAACCGCAUUCAUAUUUGAGCAGUUGCCUGAAGCCCAGAAGGUGGUAUUUUAACUUUCCUUACUGAGAACUUGAAUGGCUCACGUCCCACUAAAUUUCCACAACUGUGUCUGCUACCAAUACUGUUAAACGCUACAAAAUCGGUCCUCCGUCAUGACAGUAUAUCUGCUCACUGGCGCCACAUAUCCGAGGAUUUCAAUAGACUUCACCACUUUAGGUGUCUCUCACGGUCAGCUGGACCUCCCGACUCCAGUCUUAUAGGGCAUGCCUGGGAAUAUACUCACUAGGUGACUCUCAAAAAACCGUGGCUACAAGGGCUUUCCGAACGCAAUGUCCUUCUUACGAAUGCAUUAAAUAUGCGAAAAAAAGAAAAAGUCUCAUCACGAUCAGAACAGGCGGAAACUGGUUGCUUCCUGAAUUCUGCAUGUGGACGCGUCUGUCGUAUGCUUGAAAGCAGAUAAUUCAUGCAUUUGGUUUUAUUCAAAUUAUACUGAGAUAAGCUGAUUGAAAGUAAGUCUAGUUAAAAUGUACGACAAUGGUUUGAUCUUCGCGCAUUUAACACGGUUUGCUGAGGAGAAAAUUUAUUUGACGAACAAUAUAUAAACCCAUAGGAACAUGUUACACUACGAGAUUUAUAGACUAUUAAGAUAAGGAUUUGGGGCUACAAGUCAAAAGAAGAUUGCUUAGAGUUGUCUCCAAGAUUGCAACGAACACUGGUGGUUGUUCUACACAAAAAGUGAUUGUCUUUGAUCAACUUUUUCAUCAAAAUGCCAGAAACUAUCCUAAUCGACAGGGUUCUGAGCGCUGAACUCAAAGUUCAGACAUAAAUAAUUUAUCUGAGGUGCAUAUACCAGAAAUAACAUAGAAGACCCUUGGGGGACUUACAGAGGGGCUGAACCACUAGGAACUGUGUCAUGUAGCAGCAGCAAAAUAGGCGAAACCUAUCUCUGAUCCUUUGGUUAGUUCCCCUGUUUGGUACAUGAUGUAAUCAUUGUCAAGCAAUCUGUCACACAUUUUGAGUAAAAUUUUCUAGUGAUUUGCGUAUAUACGUCCAUUUUUUGCAUUGGCGUGUAAAAGUUGACAUCUUCUUGUUUAGUGAAAACAGACUUUUCACACAACGAAGAUUAACUUUAAUGAUAUGUAGCAAGAAUGGUUUAAAAAUGGCUUUCCUUCAUACCAUGGUGUCACUGGCUAAAUCUAAAAGUAGAUAUGAUCUUCGCCAAAUAGCCUCUUUCAGCCUAUUCUUUUACUGAUACUUUCGAUUGUUGUAGUAAAAACGUCCGCAAAACAGAAAUAGCCAGGUCAUUAUGUACAUCUUUCCGCCUUAUGUACUGCGUACGCACAACAAUUUUGUUGCUGAAACAUCACAUGCCUACUACCAUUAUAUGUGCUCAGAAAGGGCAACGGAUGAGCAGACUUUGAUCGAACGAAUGACUAAGAAUUCUAAUUUUCUCCCAAAAUCACCAAUUCAGACGCCUUGCGCAAAACAAAAUCACUCCAGAGCUAAAUAAGGCCACAACCACAUGAACGCCUACCGCAGGUGUCGGGCUACUUACGUAGGUCACACCACUAAUAGUUUUAACCACCCCAACCAAUAAAUGGAAAUAUCUUUCCCGUAAAGAGGACCACCCUGCACUACUCAUUUGUCCGGGUGACGUACUCCUCGGUGUAAUGCACUCAUUAUUCGUCGUGAUACUCCGUCAACGAAUACCUGUGUAGAAAAUUCCGAUAAGCAAAUAGCAGUAAAUCCUUUAUGACCGUGUGAGCUAUAGUCAUUGAAAAGCACGGCGUCAAAUCGUGCAUGAUGGUGCAUACGUCACUGCUUUUGGCAGACGCCUCACGUAGUAAAGUGAUCCCUCCCGGAUAGUGGAGUUUGCGUCUCGCAACCCCCUGCUAAAAGUGGGAAUCCAUGAAGCUAAGACCCUAUGUUUUUAUGAUUAUUUUUAUGUGUCUCAGGCUUAUACAAACCCUUCUCCCCUUCUUAAAAACAGUUUUCACACGGCCAUACAGCAUAAAAUCAUAAGAUUUUAUUGGAUAUAGCGUCUAGUGUAUAAAAUAAACCGGGCAAUCCAACUGAGAAAGUACGUACCAGGGACAAAAAGGUCCGUCGUCCGCAAAAAUCCUCGAGCCUGCGAAAAAUCUGCGAAAUAUAUGUGGAUAGGCUAGCAUAUAAAAUUCCCGAUACGAUGAAGCCGUGAAGGUCGAAGAGCGAUAUGGCAAUUGAUUAAUGAACUGCUCUCUUCGUCUGAGGCGGAUAACUUCUCUUACUCCGCAGUAUAUUACUUCUACGGUUUUUUCUCGCGGUUUACAGCAUAGUGAUUCACCGUUCGAUCGCUCUUCUGCUAAGAGAAAUUGCACGCGAGGUCGAAAUCUUGCCUCGCCUAAUCUCCGUCAAUUUCACUCCUUCGGGCAUUCGAAAACAUCGAAAAAUGGCUGAAGUUAGUUGUUGUAGGGAAAAAAUCGAUUUGUUGCUCAUUGUGUUGCUGUUACCCUACUUGUCUGUCGUGCCAAGCGCUCCAAUCGAACCCAGGGUUAGAUUUGCAUUGUAGUGCAUUCAUAGUGCACAUCUGAAGAAACUUUUGUGUAUUAGGUGGCCUUAUGAUGGUGAGAGCCAUAUUUUGAUUGUUCUCAUUAUUUAGUGUUGAAGUACGCCAUUUUACAGUGAGACCUUGCUCAAACUAAGGUUCCUCAGGCAGAAACCGGUUUUGUCUGCGUGAAACUGUUGACAUUUUAGUCAGAACGUGGGAGGUCUUGUAAAUGUGGGACAGGCUGUAUAUGUAAAAAUGUAAGCGGACCGGAUGAGAAGGAAAUAGGUGGUGAGACUCUUUCAAUAAAAUGAAAGACAUUUCGUGUUAAAGAAGUAGAAACUAGCGAUCAACAGACUGAUUCCGCAUAUGUUGUGUGCUUGUCUAACCGUUUCUGGGGUAGUUUCAUGACGCCGAACAUGGACAGAUGUUUUAAAAUCUGCCUCAGUUAUUUGCCGUGUACUGGUGAAUAUGGCAUUGCCGUCGUCCGAAUUUUCUAGAAAGGUUUUAGUCUAAGUGCUUCGCUGAACAUUGUGUCUGUGUUUCUUUACUGUGCUGCAGUCAACGUCAGAGUUAUUGCAGAAAAAAAACGCGUCGGCACAGACCAUGCUGCCUGGAGAGGAGUGCUGGGUCCCCAUUGUCUCUACGGCUCCAAUCACAAUGGCCUGCUCCUCCUACGAACCUGCGCCGAACACUGGAUCAUCCUGACUAACACCUACUUCCGCCUCCCCAUGCGAGAGAAGGCCACCUGGAUGAACCCUUGGUUGCGACACUGGCACCUGCUGGACUAUGUCCUCGUCCGGAGAGGAGACCACCGGGACGCGCUUGUGACAAAGGCGAUUCCGGGUGCUGACAGGUCGGCCGACAAUCAUAUCGUCAUCUCCAAGAUGCGAAUUCACCUACAGCCUCGCAGGAGACCUCAAGGUAAGCGAUCACCAGGUAAGCUGAAUAUUGGUUUGUUGUCUUUGCCUGCUCAUCAUCACCAUUUCAUUAACGAGCUAGCUCAAGAGCUAGCCAACCUUCCAGUCACCGCCGUCGUCGCCGCCAUCGAGGAGAACGCCUCCGUGGAGAACCGAUGGUGUCAACUUCGGGACACAGUUCAAUCGACGGCGCUGGCUGUCCUCGGUCGUGCACGCCACCAACACUAG